AUGCCCGUGGUGCCGUCCCUAAAAGACUCCUCCUUCGACGCUGACAUCCGCGACCGCCAUCUAAUCUAUGAUUACGCCGCACAAGAUCCCCAGGGCAAUCCCGAAAAAUGGCGCUAUGAGAUGUGGUUUUAUAAUGAGGACCGCAUCGUCUAUGCCAUCCAUGGCGGUCCCAUGGCCGGGCGCAAGAAUUUUCAGGCAGUCACGUACCAGUGUAUCCGGCCUGGGGAGCUAUGGCAGUGCAAUUGGCUGGAAGAGACAGGCACGAUCUGCUCACACGUGUACGAUAUACCCCGGAAACGCAUCACGACGCUGCUGGCGUUCUCCAAGGGUCAUUGGGAGGAGAGCGAGGCCGCGCACGGCGAUAAGCGCAACUCUCAGGAUUUGGCGCGGUGGCGGGAGCUGGCGAAGAUUGGUACCCAGACGGACCGGACGCUCUUGAGCGAGCAGGCAGAUAUUGUAGAGGAUUUCCGUGGCCCCGGGGAUUUAGAGCCGAUCAAGAUGGAUUGGCCAACUCUGUAG